AAAAACCUCAGAAUCUGCUUCAAAACGCGCGCGAGCGUCCUUUCCAUCACAUCCAUCCAUCACGCCCGUUCGAUAUUUUUACUCGGUCCGGUUCGAGUGCCCAGGCCGUAAACCCGAAACCAGUGGUGUCGCCCUCUCGAGCGUCAAUAUCUCGUUUUUCGUUUCUCGACCAGAUCGAUGUGUGUGACAAAUUAACAAAAUAAAAAUUUCCCUGGAAAUGAAAUUACUCAACUCGAGUGAAGUGGUGCGUCGCUUUGAUGUGGCGCUCCUGAUGGUGCUCAUGGUCCUCAUCGGAGAAGCCAUCCCGAGAGCAACGGCGGCCAUCCAUACGGGCUACUGGCACCAGACAGAAAAUACGUUGGAUGAGGGCCCACCCUGCCCCACCGGAACGACUUGCGUACGGCCGAUGCGGUGCGACGCGGUAAUGCAACUUUACUGGACCAACCUGACGCUGGCCAUGGAGAUGGGCCCCAACUACUGGGAUUCCGCCUACGGUCUUGCCUCUUCCCCGUCCCUGCUGGAUGCGGCCUUUCAGCGGUGUUGGAUUUUCACCGAAGCCAGCGGUCGAGCGCAUCACGAGGGCAUCUGCUGCCAGCUGGAGGAACCACGUGUACCCGAACUCAGCGACGCCGCCUAUGUGGAAGGAAAUGCCUUGCCAAUGUUCGACCCGGACGAUGACGUGGAGAAGGUCGACGAUGGCCAAGCGGGGACGGUAGAAGGGGAGGACGAACAACAACAACAACAACAACAACAACAGCUGAGUAACGACAUCGACCAGGACUGGCAGAAUGGUAACAUUCGGAAGAGCAGCUCGAUUUCGGAUUACGAGCGGCUAAUCGGUCUAUCAUCCAAUGAAGCACACAUCCGCACCAAGCGCUGCUUAAUCGGACCGGAAUGCACGUUCAAACAACAUCGCUAUCGUCGAUUCAACGGGCGCUGUAACAACAUCCGUACCGGUCGAUCACUCUGGGGCUCCGCCGGCUAUCCUAUGGAACGUAUCCUUCCUCCUGCGUACAAUAACGGAGUCUCUUCUUCCCGUAUGCUGUCCAGCGAUGGCCGAUAUCUGCCCAGCUCCCGAGUCGUGUCGGACACCAUGUUUGCAGAUCUGCACAUUCCGCAUCGCAAACACAACGUGCUGAUGAUGCAACUGGGACAAUUCCUAGUGCACGACAUCAGCCGCAACAAAGCUGCGGUAGUGCAUUCAAAGUGCUGCCUGCCAGACGACAGCCACCGGAACCCUCAUCCUCACCCGGAGUGCUCGCCAAUUCGGGUGGCCUCCAAGGAUUCGUUCUACUCACAGUUCAAUGUCAGAUGCAUGAAUUUCAUACGGACGGCAAGGGCUCCUCUAAGUCAAUGUAACGUUGGCCACGGCAGACAAAUUUCCGAAGUGACGCACUUCAUCGACGGCUCCAUGAUCUACGGAAGUUCUAAACAGGAAGCGGAUUUACUACGCGCCCACCAGGGAGGUCGGCUAAAAUCCGUUCAACAUCGUCAAGCGCGCUAUGAACUUCCUCCGCUGGAUGCGCCCUUCGUUUGUACCUCAGCCGCAAAGGCUUGCUUCAAGGCAGGAGAUACUAGAACAAAUCAAGUCUUGACGCUGGUUGCUUUCCAUACGCUGUUCUUGCGCGAGCACAACCGAAUUGCCAGAGAACUGGAGAAGAUCAAUCCACAUUGGUCUGACGACAUCCUGUUCCACGAAACACGCCGCAUCGUAUCAUCGGUAUUCCAGCACAUAAUCUACAACGAAUAUCUACCGAAAAUCGUGGGACCAGACUUCAUGGAGAUGUACGACCUGCACACUUCCCGGGGGCACAGUAACUUCUACAAUGCAAACAGAAACCCCGCUCUGACGAGUGAGUUCUCAACGGCGGCGUUCCGGUUUGGACACUCCACCGUUCCAGGACAGUUCGAGCUUCCUCGACGCCUCAUCAACACUCACGAGACGUUCUUCAACCCGUCUGCCAUCACGGAGCCAACGUUCUUCGAUGAGCUGUUGCACGGCAUCAUGCAACAGCCCAUGCAGAAGGUGGACGACAUGUUUACCCACAGUUUGACGCGUUUUCUGAACCCCGAGGAAGGUCGUCCGUACGGAAUGGACCUAGCUGCGAUCAACAUCCAGCGGACUAAGGAUCAUGCCAUCCGACCUUACAACGACUACCUCCGGCUGAGCGGACGGGAAGUAAAGCGCAGUUUUGAGGACUUUGGUCCGGUCCAUGGACCGAAGCUGGCCAAGCUAUACUCGAGUCCGGACGACGUCAAUCUGUACGUUGGGGGCAUUCUGGAAGAACCGGUUGCCGGUGGUGUGGUUGGACAAACGUUUGCCGAAAUCAUUGGCGAUCAGUUUGCGCGGUUGAAGCAAGGGGAUCGGUACUUUUACAGCAACGGGCGCGUUACCAAUCCGGGGCACUUUACGAAACCGCAGCUGCAGGAGGUGCAGAGGAUGACCAUGGCUGGGAUUAUCUGUGCGAACGUCAACGACAGGACCGGCUUUGAGGUGGCGCUGGAAGCACUGAAUUUGCCGGAUGCUACCAACAAUCCCCUUGUUCCGUGUCGGUCGAAUCAAAUACCUCAGUUGAACUUGAAGUGGUGGAAAGAUUGAUGAAGGUCCAUGGAAGCGGAACGGUUAAUCUAUUUAAAGUGUUGUUAUAUUGUUCAAAUAUAUGUGUUCAUUUUAGUGCAUGUUGGAAAGAUUGUAAAAUAAAAGCAGAUCAUGCUUUGUUUUGUUUGUUUUCAA